CACGGACGAGUACUAUAAGGCUCUCCCGCGAAGUACCCGAGAGCCUCGACAUGUGACGAACGAGUUGUAGUAAUUAGCCAUUGAUUCUCUGCGACUCCGAGUGUCGGUGUACAGUGUGUUUUUUCGACUUUUUUUAAAAAUUGUAUGUUGUUUUUGCUGCUGUGUUGAGUUCUCGUUGAGUUCCUUCUAUAUGAAGUCCGCGAGUGUCACCACCUCAACCGGGAGAUGAGACGACUCGGCCGAGGAGGAGGCAGCGGCGAGAUGCCUCCGAUCGUUAUCGUCAUCGGCACGCUCGUUCUGGCGCUGAACUUCGCCCAGAUCGCGGUACUCGCCCUGACCGCCGAGGAGAUCGAGGCCGAGCGCAGUGGCUGGAACGUCGACCCGGAGACGCAGUACCACAUCCAGACGGACGAGGGCCCCGAGCGCUACUUUCGCUUUCAGACGCUCAACGGCCAGUACCGUAAGGAGAAGCGCCUGCAGGACGGCACCGUCGUGGGCACCGAGGGAUGGCUCGAUCAGCUCGGCUUUCUGCGCAUCAAGGACUACAUCGCCGACGCCAAGGGCUUUCGCAUUCUCAAGUCAAAGAUGAUCUACGUAGGUAAAGAUCGGCCGAUUCAAGACGCCGUGUCGAUAUCGAAAACGAAGACGUCGUCGUCGUCCAGUGCGCAACAAUCGUCAUCGCAGCAGCAGCAGCGGCCCCGACGACCGGUCAAUCCAUUCAGACAACCCGAGUUGAAGGACUUUUCGAGCAACAGCAUAGAGUCGUCGAAGAGCUACGAAGCCUCAACGACGACUCCACUGAUAAUCACUCCCCCGCCGUCCAGGUCGAAAUCUCAGAUCGUCGCGGUGACCACCCUGCGGCCUCGGCCGUUCGCCCUGACGAGUGGCUAUCUGCCGGCUUACAAUAACCGCCAGAAUCAGCAGUAUCGUCGCCGCCAACAGCAGAAACCGGCUCUGCUGGUCGAGCCGCCGCCCUACCUGGACAUCGACCAGGAUCAGAAUCACUUGGCCAGUCAGCCGGCGCUGCAAGUACACGUGGUGCCACCGCCACCUCCGCCUCCAGCAGUGGUGGUACAGCCACAAGCUUCGUCACCUGGAUCCUUCAGGGGACACCGACGCUACAACGCGACGAUGAGCUCGCGCAGCGACACCGUCAAUUACAACAGGCCCGCUUCGUCGUCCAAUAACAAUUCUUACAGAUCGAGAUCGAGGCGGCCGUCGUUUUACAACAGUCGUCAAUCCACGUCGACGACGACGACUACUACCACCACCACCGCUGCUCCGGUCGCCGUCCGAGAGUACGAGUUCCCCAGCUACGACGGAGUCGCCAGCAGCGCCGAGAUCACCAGCAACAACAACAAUAAUAACGGCUUCCAGUAUUACCUGAAGAAGCAGUACCAUGAGGAGGAGCGACAGAGUCCCGACAAGGCGGUCGGCUCCUACGGCUACGUCGAUCCGUUCGGCAUACGCCGAGUCGUCUACUACAAGGCCGACGGUCAGAACGGCUUUCAGCAUCGGAAAAACAAUCGUUACGUGGGACACGACGCUCAGCCCUACGAUCCCCAGCCCAUCGCCGCCGAACAGGCGAUAGACUGAGCGAUCGGAUCGGAUCUGUCUAUGUAUGAACUCGCGUGUGUGUGGGUGUGUGUACAAAAUCUUGCCAUAAUUAACGAAAUCGUUGGGCACAGCCAAAGUUGCCAUUCGUAAACGAGCGGAUGAAUGA